AUGGGACCCCGCCCGGAGCUACCUCGACCCCGCCGCACGAGGACCGCACCGCCGGAGCCCCUCACCGUCUUCCCCGAAUCGCCGUCGCCCCGUCGUUCUCUUCUCCACUCCGUCGUCGCCGUCGUCCACGACCUCCUCCCCGCGCCCCACUGCCACUCCCCUACAUCGGGGGUGAGAGCCCGUGCCCCGACUCCUCCUCUCCUCCUCUGUCGCACGUGCACCACCGCGUCGGCCACGCCGACGCCCCCUUGCCGCUCCUGGCCUUGCCCCGUCGCGGCUGCGGUGCUACCGCCACCACCACUCCGGCCUCCUACCCGCGUCCCGCUCCGGCCGACGCCCCAUGGCCCCGUGCCUCGGCGCGCCUCGUCUCCGCCCUCUCCUCCUCCCGUGGCUGCGCCACUGCGCCGCCCGCGCGCCAAUGGGCGCACCGGCGCCACCCCUCGCCUCCGCCCGCCUUGUCCCCGGCUGGCCGCGCUGGCGUGCCCCGCCGUCGGUGCCCUGGCGGCCUCGUCCCGCCCUGCGGGUGAGUGCUCGCUCCGCCCCCCGAUCCCAUUGCCCCAUCGCCGCCUCGACGUCGCCGCCACCCCCCUCGCGGAGCCGGCCCCUCCCGUCGCCCCACCGGCGCCCUGCCGCCCGUCCACGACCACGCUGUCACGGGACCCCGCCCGGAGCUACCUCGACCCCGCCGCACGAGGACCGCACCGCCGGAGCCCCUCACCGUCUUCCCCGAAUCGCCGUCGCCCCGUCGUCCUCUUCUCCACUCCGUCGUCGCCGUCGUCCACGACCUCCUCCCCGCGCCCCACUGCCACUCCCUACAUCGGGGGUGAGAGCCCGUGCCCCGACUCCUCCUCUCCUCCUCUGUCACACGUGCACCACCGCGUCGGCCACGCCGACGCCCCCGUGCCGCUCCUGGCCUUGCCCCAUCGCGGCUGCGGCGCUACCGCCACCACCACUCCAGCCUCCUACCCGCGUCCCGCUCCGGCCGGCGCCCCAUGGCCCCGUGCCUCGGCGCGCCUCGUGUCUCUGCCCUCUCCUCCUCCCGUGGCCGCGCCACCACGCCGCCCGCGCGCCAAUGGCCGCACCGGCGCCACCCCUCGCCUCCGCCCGCCAUGUCCCCGGCUGGCCGCGCCGGCGUGCCCCGCCGUCGGUGCCCUGGCGGCCUCGUCCCGCCCUGCGGGCGAGUGCUCGCUCCGGUGCGCCCGCACCCGCUGGGCCGAACCCGCAUAG